UACAUUGUUUAAAACUGAUUAGCAAGUGCUCAUAUCAUUGCCUUAUUAGCGUGUUUCACAUCGGCGAACGACCAGUGGAAAUUAAUCUCAACUGUACUGUGAAAUGAAUUUGUUCAUAAUUUCAAGUGAGUUGUUGAUAAAUAUACCGAUGGUCAGUUGACGAAUGAACAAUCAUUGUUACAUUGGUUGAGAACAAAGAUUUUUUUUUUGUUAUUUUUUUAAUCAAGGUAAAAAUAAGAAAUCAUAUUCAAAAACAAGCGACGAAGUUUUAUCACAUACGUAUACCUAUUACACGUCCUUGAGUCGAAAGAUUUCGUAUUUCCCGGGUGUUAACUGAACCUAUCGUGCGCAUGCUUUUAUUUCAGCAUGUAUGUAUGUAUGUAUACAUCUGGCGCUCCGCAGUGAAGGAGAGUAUGCAUGUUCUGCUGCGGUGCCAACGCGCAAUUGAUAGCUGUUAUUACUUUGACAGGCAAUCAUCGUAAAAGUCAACGCUACCAUUCGCAUUUGCAAAAAUGUGUUUCUACGUGAUUUCCGUGAAGACGAAAGCUCGUGUAAAAAGAAUGUAAUGUUGAUAGCAGUGAAUUGACGAGUUUGAAGACUCGGUAGAACCAUGAUUAGCGGCCUGCAAAUCGCUCUUAAAAAUGCCAUUGACGUGAUUGCUCCACCAGCAACAUCACUACAAGACUUUACUUACCAUUGGAAACAGAUUAUGAACUUUUAUGUUAACCACUUGACUGAUUCUAAAGUACCCGUAGAGAUAACUGGUAUACCAAGGCAUUUGGAUCGUUUGUUAGAAUUGCUGCUCGAAGAAGAAAAACAUGGUAGCGAACCUGGUCCAUGCUUGGAAUAUUUACUACAGCAUAGACUUUUGGACUUGCUGGCAACUCUUGCCAGUGCUGAAACUCCACCUGGGAUGAGACUAGUAUGUCUAUCAUUUUUAAGGAAACUUUUGACAAGAUCUAAACAUCCCCUUUUACAUCAUGCAGCAGUUUAUGGUCCUAUACAAAGACUCAUAGCAAUAUGUAAUGGAAGUAUUGCAUCUCCAAUUGAACACGAAGAGAUACAAUUUCUAUUAUGUGUCUGCUUUUUAGUUUGUAAAUAUCCACAUGUAACAAAUAUAGUUAACGAAUACAGUAAUGUCCAGCGAGAGUGUGGAGUUUUUCAAUGUGAUUAUGGGAAAGCAGAAAUUGAGAAAGUAACUUAUAUUCCUGUUAAAAAACUGAAAACUAUCAAUCCCUUGUUUAAACCUCUGAAUACGCAAGCUAUUACUCUGGUGAAUCCUGAUUUAUUUAAAAUUAGUAGCGCACAAUCAUCUUAUAACAAUUCGUUGGAGAAGCUGAGUAUGCCAUCAGAGGAAAUACAAGACAAGCCGUCCAAACACAAGCGUAAUACAUCAUCGAGAUCCAAUUCAUCUACACAAUCGAGCGGUUCAUCAUCUCGAGAAGCGGAACUUAUUUCGCAAUCGUCAAGCCCAUUUACGCAAAAACCAAACGAAAACAUACCAAAUAACAUUCCCUAUGUUGGUGAAGACACUCAAGAAAGUUUGAAUCUGUACAAAGUACUUGAACAAGAGGAAUCUUCUAGCGAGUACGACCCAGUUUUAGCUGCGAUAAAUGAUUUCAAAGACUUGAGAAUAAACGAAGAAUAUGCAUCGAGUAACAGUGAUGUGAAAUCGAGAAGUAGUAAACAUGAUAUUACCCUUAGUGAACUUGCUAGUCCUGAAAAUUCCAAAUGUUUAUUGUUAGACUCUCUGAAAAGCUACGUAAACAGUGCUGAUAAUACUAUUAGGAUUCGAGCGUGCGAAGGAAUAAUGGUAUUGGCAUCCUUAGACGAUCCACUCUUUGCCGAAGUUGUUGCCAAAAGUGAUUUAGCAAGCGUAUUAACAAAGCGCUUAGAAGUACUCUUUAAUUUAAUACCAGCUCACGUUGAACCCAGCGAAGUUGACGAUAUCGAAGUUACCUGGGGCCUCGAUUCACCUCCCAUUUUAAACGACAAAAAAUUUCCUGGCUGUAGAAAAGUUGCAGCCUUCUUCAUGUGGCUGGACUUUUGCGCGCAGCUUUCACGAGAAGCUCAACCAGACGUCGCUGAUGUCUUAGCACAAACCAUCAGGAUAUCAUUUUUCGAAAAAAUAUUUACUCCUGCGUUAUCCGCUCAUCAUGCUGUAUUAAUUACUGCCCUUAUAACAAAAUGUUUGCGCGAUAUUCCUUCUUCACCACUGAGUAUUGAAAUGGGUCGUUGGAUGGUGGGCGCACGGAGAGAUCCCAAUAUUCCAGAAGUUUGGAGUUGUCCAGUUAUUCACAGACUCAUAGAAAGUUGUUGUACGGAAAGUGAUGAUCUGACUUUAGAAACGUUAAAAUUAUUCGAGGAAGCCGUCGAAAGGAGGGAUGAACAUAUACUACAUUGUUUAAUCUUGAUGUAUUUGAAUACGCGUGGUUACUACGACACCAGUGCUGCAGAUAGCGCAAUUGCUUCGUGGAGUGACGAGGAGGACGAAAGAGAAAGAGAAAAGCGUGGUUCAAUGGAUCUUGCUUCGGGCAUAUGCUAUAGUCGAACAUUGGCACCUAGUAACAUACAUAGGAUAUUAAAUUGUUUCUUGUCUUUAGUACCAAGACAGUUACAAACGGAGUCGGACAGCCAUUACGGCCGAUACAUGGGAGAUUGGGAAAAGCAGUAUUCAAGAGUUGUGAAAAAUUGUUCCCUCUUAGCAUGGCCUCUAGAAGCAGUGACAGUAGACGAUUCGGCUAGUUCCCACUCUCGAACAGAUUCCGACAAUUGCUCCAAUAGAUUCUAUCCGGGUCCGUUUUUGUCAAUGCUUUUAGAAAGAAUCAGCAAUAUUCCUAAACAAAAAUACGAUAUCAAUUUUGAAGUCACCGGUUUGAUUUCAAAGUUAGCAUUAUUACCGCAUCCGUACCUUCACGAGUUUUUACUUAAUCCUUUGAUUCCACUAGCACAAGGAAAUAAAAACUUAUUUAUUUGCCUACAACGAGUCGUUAAGCAACUUAUGCAUGAUGUUCCGAAGUUAACUGAUUACAAACAGGCUCUCAAGGAAACUAGAUUACGAUUGUUUGAUAACUGUUGCAUGAACGAUCCUUCACAAGUAACGAUCCUGAAAAAUUGCAUUAGGCCAAAAGAAGAAGAAAUAUUGCUCGAAAGUGUGAUACUUACUGAAGAAUUUUGUAAAGAAUUAGCUGCGAUUGCAUAUGUUAAGUACCAUCAUUCCACAUAGUAUCUAAUGUAAUUGACGAAUUCGUGUAAAUCUAGUUAUAAAUGUGCAGAUUGUACAUAUAAGAGUAAUUAAAGUUUCAUAGAAAAAUAUCAUGUUUUGCUUGACACAAAAUGUUACCGUAACGUAGACACAAAUUUAACUAUUAUAAUUAUAAAGUAAAUUAAAUCGAUCAUCGAUUAAACCUGCUUUAUCGGGUAUAAUUUUUUUAAAACAAUAACUUAAGUGUUAUAUGCUUAUAAAUUUGAUUAACAAUUUUUGGGAAUAAAUUUUGACGUAUGUAAAUAAAUGACAAUAGCAAUUUUCGUACAAAAAUUAUACAUGUAAAUUGAAAAACUAUUUCCAUGCACAA